CAAAGCCAUGUGCUGACUCGGCAAUCUCGCCGCCGAUGAUUUCACGCAAAUUGCGCGGCGGAUUCAAACACACACAACACACAACAAACAGCAACAGCCACCCCUAAUCGUCAUCACAUCAUCACCAACCAUCAUCACCCUGCCGUCUUCUCACCACCACAGAGUCGACGACCCGUGAUGAGCCGCAGUACGUUGUGGCGGCGGGCCGGUGCCGUGCUUGCCGUCGGCGCGGUCGCAGCCCACCAAUAUGACACGCACUUCCGCUACGAGUGCUUCAACAGGAGCAUGCGCACGGCCGUUGCGGCGGUGCAAACCGUAUGGGACUACAAGGUCGUCCUGGACCGCCACCCAGAUAUGAUCAGCGACAUUCACGCCAGGGUCGCUCGCAGAUGGUACAACAUCUGCUGCAAGAACGCCGGGCUGUACAUCAAGCUCGGCCAGAGCAUCAGCAUGCAGAACCACGUCCUUCCUCCAGAAUACGCAGAACUCUUCGCGAACUUGCAGGACAAGGCGCCAACGGUGUCCUACGAGGAAGUGUGCGCAGUGAUGCGAGAGGACUUUGGGAAGGAGCCAGAGGAGAUUUUCGCCGAAUUCGACAAAGAGGCAAUUGCAUCCGCGUCCAUCGCCCAAAUCCACAAAGCAAAGCUCAAGGACGGCACCGCGGUUGCCGUCAAGGUGCAGAAACCAAACAUCCGAUACCAGAUGCCGUGGGAUCUGCUGUGCUACCGCGUGCUCGUCUGGUGCUUUGAAAAGGCGUUUGACCUCCCCAUGUACUUCACAGUCAAUCACGUGUGCGAGAGUGUGAGCAAGGAGGCCGACUUUUUGUGCGAAGCGACAUUCACAGAGCGAGCGAGGCGGGACCUUGUGGGCACGGUCCCACGCGUAUAUGUGCCGCACAUCCACCGCGACCUCACUCGCCGUCGCAUCAUGACGAUGGAGUGGAUUGACGGCGUGAAGCUGAGCAGACACGGCGACAUUGCCGCCAUGGGCUUCUCACUCAAGGCAGUCAUGACGACCGUGUUCAAGGCGUUUGCCCAUCAGAUCUUCCUCGCCGGCUUUGUGCACGGCGAUCCGCACCCUGGCAACCUCCUCAUCCGUCCAAACCCAACCAAUCCCCGCGACUUUGAGCUCGUUGUGAUUGAUCACGGCUUGUAUGUGCCGGAGCGCCCUGAAUUCAGGGAGCAAUACUGCCGCCUCUGGACGGCGAUGGUGCUGACGGACUUUGAUGAGCUGAAGAGCGUCUGUGUCGAUUGGGGCAUAACCGAUCCAGAGCUGUUUGCUUCCAUGCAGCUGUUCCGUCCAUUCAAAGCGAACAAGAAGGCAGUGCACGUGGCAAAGGUCACGCGAACGGAUCUGCUUGCACUGCAGUUGCGGGCGAAGGAACGCGUAAAGGCGCUGCUUGCAGACACAUCCAAACUCCCGCUCGAGCUCAUCAUCCUCGCGCGUACCAUGAACAUCCUCAGGGGCCUCAACAAACAGGCCGGCUCCAUCAUCAACCGCAUCAACCUCUUUGCGCUCACGGCUGUGGAAGGACUGCAUGCCGAGGAGGCGUCACGCGCGCGCAAGUUCCGGCGCGCAAGUUUUCAGCUCCGCCUGUGGUUCAUUGAGGCUGUGUAUUACGCAACCAACCUUGUCUCCCGCGUGCGCGAGUGGUUGGGGUACUCGUCGUCACGUUUUGAAAACGUCCUCGAGACAACAAUGACCCAAUCGCUGGAGCAGCGGCUUGGAUUCAAAGUCGGCGUGCGCGACACAGAUCUCGGCUGAUCACGGCAAUGGCAUGACAUGAACACAUGAACGAGUCGUGCGUGCGUUAAUGUGUGUCUUUGUGUACUGUGUGUGUGUGUAUGUGUGUGCGCGUAUGCGUAUGAGUGUGUAUGUGUGUGUGUGUGUGUGUGUGUGUGUGUGUGUGUGUGUCUGUGUCUGUGUCUG